ACUGUUGAUAAAAUAAUUCCAUUAUUUUCUCUGUCUUCCCUGUAACAAAAGCCGUUAGGUAGAAUUCGAAUAAAGAAAAGAGAAUAUAUUUUCUUUGUUUUUUUGAAUUAUUAUAUUAUUGUUUUCCAUGUUGAAUUUCUCCUUGUCUUCUCAUCUUUCAGUCUGCUGCUGCUUUGGAUGAGAACAAGGUUAAUGGUUUUCGUUUCCUGGUUAGUAUAAUAACGAUAUUUUGUUGCGGUGAGGGAAGAGAAGGUGAGCCAAAUGGAGAGUUACUUGGACGAGAACUGGGAUGUCAAACCGAAGAACUCAUCGGAGGAAGCUUUACAGAGAUGGAGAAAGCUAUGUUGGAUCGUGAAGAACCGUAAACGGAGGUUUCGUUUCACUGCGAAUCUCUCGAAACGUUUCGAAGCUGAAGCUAUUCGUCGCUCCAAUCAGGAGAAAUUCAGAGUUGCAGUUUUGGUUUCACAAGCGGCACUUCAGUUUAUCCAUGGUCUAAAUUUGACCAGUGAGUACUCUGUGCCUGAAGAAGUUAGAGCUGCAGGUUUCCAAAUUUGUCCUGAUGAGUUAGGAUCAAUUGUUGAAGGCCAUGAUGUGAAGAAGUUGAAACUUCAUGGUGGGGUACUAGGAAUUGCAGAGAAGCUAUCCACAUCAAUCACAAGUGGAAUUGAUACUUCUGAACACUGGAUGAAUAAAAGGAAAGAAAUAUAUGGAGCUAAUAAAUUCGCUGAAAGCCCAGUUAGGGGAUUUUGGGUUUUUGUGUGGGAAGCCCUUCAAGAUACGACUCUCAUGAUACUGGCUGUUUGUGCCUUUGUUUCUCUUGUUGUUGGUGUAAUAAUGGAAGGAUGGCCAAAAGGUGCUCAUGAUGGGCUUGGUAUAGUUGCAAGCAUUUUGCUUGUUGUGUUCGUUACUGCUACAAGUGAUUAUAAGCAAUCUCUGCAGUUCAAAGAUUUGGACAAAGAGAAGAAAAAAAUUACAGUUCAGGUUACAAGAAACAAGGUUAGGCAGAAGCUCUCAAUAUAUGAUCUUCUCCCUGGUGAUAUUGUUCAUCUUGCUAUUGGAGAUCAGGUACCGGCUGAUGGGCUUUUUGUUUCAGGAUUUUCUGUUUUGAUAAAUGAAUCCAGCUUAACAGGAGAGAGUGAACCAGUUGAUGUGAAUGCAACAAACCCUUUUCUCCUUUCUGGGACAAAAGUUCAGGAUGGAUCAUGCAAGAUGCUUGUGACUACUGUUGGGAUGAGGACCCAAUGGGGUAAACUGAUGGCUACACUUAGUGAAGGAGUGAUGGCUCGAUCUUCACCAUUGGAUAAGCAUACUCUGGUGAGGCACCUGAGAACCACCUUUGAAGAAGUUGUUGCUGUCACUGGUGAUGGUACAAAUGAUGCUCCAGCACUUCAUGAAGCAGAUAUUGGGCUUGCCAUGGGCAUUGCUGGAACCGAGGUGGCAAAAGAGAGUGCAGAUGUAAUCAUUUUGGAUGAUAACUUCUCCACGAUUGUAACCGUGGCCAAAUGGGGACGUUCCGUGUAUGUGAAUAUCCAAAAGUUUGUUCAAUUUCAGCUGACAGUAAAUAUCGUGGCCCUCAUAGUCAACUUCUCUUCAGCCUGUUUAACUGGAAAUGCUCCCCUUACCGCUGUCCAGCUUUUAUGGGUUAACAUGAUUAUGGAUACUCUAGGAGCACUUGCAUUAGCAACAGAGCCUCCUAGUGAUGAUUUGAUGAAGAGAUCACCGGUUGGCAGGAAAGGCAACUUCAUCUCUAAUGUCAUGUGGAGGAACAUUUUGGGACAAUCUUUGUAUCAGUUUGUAAUCAUAUGGUAUCUCCAAACAAGAGGAAAGGCAGUUUUUCGCCUUGAUGGGCCAGAUUCUGAUUUGAUAUUGAAUACACUUAUUUUUAACUCGUUCGUCUUUUGUCAGGUUUUCAAUGAGAUCAGCUCCAGGGAGAUGGAAAAGAUAAAUGUCUUCAAGGGCAUAUUGAAGAACUAUGUGUUUUUGGCAGUCCUCACUUGUACUGUCUUCUUCCAGAUUGUAAUUGUGGAGUUUCUUGGUACAUUUGCAAACACGUCUCCGCUGACUUUGCAUCAGUGGUUGGUUAGUGUUUUCCUUGGAUUCCUUGGCAUGCCCAUUGCAGCUGCUUUAAAGCUAAUCCCUUUGGGAUCAAACUGAUUUCAAGGAUGCAGAAACGGGUAUUUUUUGUUAGUUGUCUAGCUUGUUACAUUUUUAUAUCCAUCCUGUGGUGGUUUUUUCUUUAUUUUGUCCUUAGUUAUAUUCAUAGCAGUAGGAGCAUCGGGGAUGAAUUAUUCUUUUUUCCAACACAAGUAAAGUUGGAAACAGUAGAAUACUUUAGGACAGGUUUUUGAACUGGUAAUAGACAUUGUCAACUUUUGAAGGCA